AUGCCAAUAUUAUUCAAAAUCACUCUUUUCUAUUAUACGGACUUUUUAUUAAUAAUCUGGUGCACAAAAUUUCACCAACAAAUGCGCUAUUUCUCUUUCAAAGACUAUUUUCUACAAAGGAUUAUUAUCGUUUUGGGCAAUAUUAAACAUUUCCUUUGCAAGAGACAAUUUGUUUUUAUAGCAAUUAAUAUGGCGAAUAAUUUGAAUAAUUUGGGACGAAUAUCAUUGAUUCUUUUUAUGGCGAAUUUGGAUUAUUUUGUAGCAAUUGCUUUAGUUUCUGUUCUUUUAAAUUCAUUUGCUUACGUUAGAGUGAAUGCAUAUGAAGAUAUAAACUAUUGCAUCUUAAUAUUCUAA